GCGCUCCCGCUGCGCCUGCGCGGGGUGGGACGGGUCAGCGCCGGCACAGUACGUCGGUCACAGGCCGACUGGGUUGCUACCAUCCUCGUUUUUCUUAGUGUUGACCCGGGAGAAGGAAAAAUGGUGCUGGACCUGGAUUUGUUUCGGGUGGAUAAAGGAGGGGACCCGGACCUCGUCCGAGAGAUGCAAAAGAAGCGCUUCAAGGACCCAGGACUUGUGGAUCAGCUGGUAAAGGCAGACGGCGAGUGGCGGAGAUGCAGAUUUCGCGCAGACAACUUGAACAAGCUCAAGAACCUAUGCAGCAAGACAAUUGGAGAGAAAAUGAAGAAAAAAGAGCCAGUGGGAGAUGAUGAGUCCAUCCCGGAGAACAUACUGAAUCUUGAGGACAUCACCUCAGACACAUUAGUUAACCUGAAAGUGUCACAGAUCAAAAAACUCCGACUGCUCAUCGAUGAAGCCAUCCUGAAGUGUGAUGCCGAGCGGGUAAAGCUGGAGGCAGAGCGGUUUGAGAACCUCCGAGAGAUCGGGAACCUCCUGCAUCCCUCCGUUCCCAUCAGUAACGAUGAGGACGCAGACAACAAAGUGGAGAGGAUAUGGGGUGAUUGUACGGUCAGGAAGAAGUACUCUCACGUGGAUCUGGUGGUGAUGGUCGAUGGCUUCGAAGGUGAAAAAGGCACCGUGGUGGCCGGGAGUCGAGGGUACUUCUUGAAGGGGCCCCUGGUGUUCCUGGAGCAGGCGCUCAUCCACUAUGCCCUUCGCACCUUGGGAAGUCGGGGCUACACUCCCAUCUACACCCCCUUUUUCAUGAGGAAGGAGGUCAUGCAGGAAGUGGCACAGCUCAGCCAGUUUGAUGAAGAACUGUAUAAGGUGAUUGGCAAAGGCAGUGAGAAGUCCGAUGACAACACCUACGACGAGAAAUACCUGAUCGCCACCUCCGAGCAGCCCAUCGCUGCUCUCCACCGGGAUGAGUGGCUGCGGCCCGAGGACUUGCCCAUCAAGUACGCUGGCCUGUCCACCUGCUUUCGCCAGGAGGUGGGCUCCCAUGGCCGUGACACCCGCGGCAUCUUUCGAGUCCAUCAGUUUGAGAAGAUUGAACAGUUUGUCUACUCCUCACCACAUGACAACAAGUCAUGGGAGAUGUUUGAAGAGAUGAUCGCCACUGCAGAGGACUUCUACCAGUCUCUGGGAAUUCCCUACCACAUCGUGAACAUCGUCUCAGGUUCUUUGAAUCAUGCUGCCAGUAAGAAGCUUGACCUGGAGGCCUGGUUUCCGGGCUCGGGAGCCUUCCGUGAGUUGGUCUCCUGUUCUAACUGCACAGACUAUCAGGCUCGCCGGCUCCGAAUCCGAUACGGGCAAACCAAGAAGAUGAUGGACAAGGUGGAGUUUGUCCAUAUGCUCAAUGCCACCAUGUGCGCCACGACGCGCACCAUCUGUGCCAUCCUGGAGAACUACCAGACGGAGACGGGCGUCGCCGUGCCCGAGAAGUUGAGGGAGUUCAUGCCGCCUGGUCUCCAAGAGCUGAUCCCCUUUGUGAAGCCCGCACCCAUUGACCAGGAGCCAUCAAAGAAGCAGAAGAAGCAGCAUGAAGGCGGCAAAAAGGCAGCGCGAGAUGUCACCCUGGAACAGCGGCUGAAGAGCAUGGAGGUCACCGAUUCCUGAACAUUCCCUACCCCCAGUUCUGUCAGCUGGGUGGGAUCCCAGCGCCUGCCCACAGGCAGGAAAGCCAGGCACCCACUUACCACCCGCCCCGCCUGACUGCUUUGCUACAAGGGGAACGAACCAGCUGCCGUAUACAAUUCAGUGUUCUCAUCCGUUCGCUUGGGCCUAAGAUCCAAUCACUGAGGACUGAUGAAACCACAUAAUAAAGCAUCUCUGGGGGAGGCUGGACUCUUCCACAGUCUUCU